GGCCGGCAAUAUUGAUCAGCACCAGUUUCCUCUCUUACCAAGACCAAAGCAAAAGAGGUACAUCAUGGAACUGGUGCCGUUUCUAUUCUUCUUCUUCCUAACCACCAUAGUAGCAACAAUCCAAGCUUCAGAUAGAUCAAUAUCCCACCAGAUUCAUGUCCUCCGGCCACAAACCGGUUCUCACGGCAGGCACGUCCCCGGCAUUUCAUGCAUGAGCUGGAGACUCGGCGUCGAAGCCCACAACAUCCUCGGCUGGACGACUGUUCCGGCUGUCUGUGAACGCUAUGUAGGAAACUACAUGCUCGGCCACCAGUACAGACAGGACUCGAAAGCUGUUACUAAUGAAGCUCUGCUCUACGCUAAGAGCCUGAACCUUACAAAGGACGGCAAGAACUUGUGGGUCUUCGACAUAGAUGAGACUGCUCUCUCCAACCUGCCUUAUUAUGCUCGCCAUGGAUUCGGGGCGGAGCUAUACAAUUCAACUGCAUUCAACGCCUGGGUCUUAGAAGGCACAGCCCCAGCUUUGCCUGAGAGUCUAAGACUGUACAGUAAGUUAAUGGCUCUCGGAAUUAAGGUCGCAUUCAUAACUGGAAGAGGAGAAUCUCAAAGACGUAUCACAGAAAUCAAUCUCAAAUUUGUUGGAUACCUUAAUUGGGAGAAGCUUAUUCUAAAGAAUACAUCUUAUUCCGGUAACACAUCGGUUGUGUAUAAAUCAUCGGAGAGAAGGAAACUUGAAGAGAGUGAAUAUAGGAUAAUUGGGAACAUUGGUGAUCAAUGGAGCGAUCUCUUAGGCACUAAUGUGGAUUAUCGGACCUUCAAGUUGCCCGAUCCAAUGUAUUACAUUAAUUGAACAAUAGUUAUUCUUCUUUCACUAGGUUGAACAUUUUAUCAAGCUUAUCGAACGUUCAAAUAAAAUGACCAAGCUAUGAUGUGAUGAUACUAAUCAAUUAUUCGUUUCUAA